GGGAGAGCGGAUAUAGUGAAUGCAGGGUCCGGGGAGAGCGGAUAUAGUGAAUGCGGGGUCUGGGGAGACCGGAUAUAGUGAAUGCAGGGUCUGGGGAGAGCAGAUAUAGUGAAUGCAGGGUCCGGGGAGAGCAGAUAUAGUGAAUGCAGGAUCUGAGGAGACCAGAUAUAGUGAAUGCAGGAUCUGAGGAGACCAGAUAUAGUGAAUGCAGGGUCCGUGGAGAGCGGAUAUAGUGAAUGCAGGGUCCGGGGAGAGCGGAUAUAGUGAAUGCAGGGAUCUGAGGAGACCAGAUAUAGUGAAUGCAGGGUCCGGGGAGAGCGGAUAUAGUGAAUGCAGGGUCCGGGGA